CUCUGUCUAAAACACAGCAAGCACAUGAAUACCCGUCAAGUGGCUCCAUUCUUUACUUCCAACCCAUAUCCACAUGUUCUGAUUCUUUUGCCACUUUCUAUUCCUCCUCGCCAAAAUGUCCACUGGAUCGAUCAGUGAUGUGGACGACUUCCACGAAGCGGAACUUUUGGAUGACAUUUUAAAAUUGGGGUCUGGCAAGGACUCCGCGACGUCCAACGAAAGCACAGAGGAGAGCUCCAACUGCGAGAGUGGGAGCAGGCGAAAGGAGAGGGGAGCAUCGGAAAAAAAGAGAAAAACGUCCUCCAGAAAAAGCGCGUUGAACGGGGUCGCGCACGAGGGCAAGCAGGUACAAAGGAACGCGGCGAACGCCCGCGAGAGAGCGAGGAUGCGCGUGCUGAGCAAAGCAUUCUCGAGACUGAAGACCACUUUGCCCUGGGUGCCCCCGGAUACCAAACUUUCAAAACUGGACACGUUGCGCCUGGCAUCCAGUUAUAUCGCCCACUUAAGACAAAUUCUGGCCAACGACAAGUACGAGAAUGGGUACAUCCACCCCGUUAAUCUGACCUGGCCUUUUAUGGUGGCUGGCAAGCCGGAUAACGAGCUGAAAGAGGUGCUGAACACGACACGAUUGUGUGGGACUACAGCUUCCUGAGACUUACGGACACGUUACAGUAACCGGGAACAUUGUACAUUUAGUACGGAGAAACACGUCUUUCCCACGAGAGACACGAGAGAGGACAAUCCGAGGGACCAAACCUUUUUAAUAGUUCCUCAACCUGUCUAUAUUUAAAGUAUUCACAUUAAGCCUUGCAGGUUCAAGGGUUAAUAUUUUCUUCUUCCUUUCUUUUUUAAUCUUUUUAACAUUUUAAAUGCUUUAUAAACUGUGUGACCUUAUGUAGCCGCAAGUUUUUUUAACAGGUGACGUUGACAGUCAUCUUUGUAAACAGAAGCACACGCAAAAUCUAUUGUCCUAUUUUAUACAGAAAUUAUGUAAAUAAAAUGUACGUGUAUUAAUAAUGUC